GGUGUCACUGACAUCCCCAGUGACACCAAUACAGUGAUCGGUGCUAUUAAAAAACACUGACACUCUACUGCACUGGGCAGGAAGGGGUUAACAUGUGGAGUGAUCAAAGGGUUAACUGUGUGCUGUUUUACUAUGUGGGCUGUGUGUGCUUUACACUGUAAGCACACUGCUUUCCUAUGCAGAGCCAUACAAAGCAGUGUGCAGGAGCUGACAGGGAGAGAACUGCAUUGUUUACAUACAGAUCUCUCCCCUUUCGGUAAUACUAAGAGAUCGCCAGGUGCCAGU